AUGAAUAAAUUCACUCAAACUUGUGCUCUCUUUUUCACCUCUUUGUAUCUCAUCACCUUAACCAAUGCUGCAACUUUUGACAUAAUAAACCAAUGUACCUACACUGUGUGGGCUGCUGCCUCCCCCGGAGGCGGUAGGCGAUUGGACCGAGGCCAAUCCUGGACUCUAAAUGUGGCUCCUGGAACAACCGGAGCUCGUAUCUGGGGCCGCACUAACUGCAAUUUCGAUGCUAAUGGUCAAGGCCAGUGUCAAACUGGCGAUUGCGGACGUUUAGAAUGUCAAGGUUAUGGUAGCCCGAAUUUGCCUUAA